AUGAAACUGCCCAAGGGGGCCAAGAACUGUGUGUUCUAUGCACAGCACCCAGAAGAGAAGGAGCCACGGCCGUCACGGCAGGAGGUCAAGCAGACCCCGGUAGUCAUGGCCACCAUCAGAGGUCCAGGGCCCGCCAAGUACCUGCGGGCAUCCUGCACAGGCUACAUUGACCAUGACAUCUCCUUGUUCCAGGGGCCGGCAUACACCCUGCACACCCGGCACUCAGAGAAGCGGAUCGCAGACACGUGCAGCCCUGGGCCUUGCUAUUUCCCGGAUCCCAAAAUAACUCGGUUUGGAAUUUCCAGCUGCCCGCAGGUUCCCAUGGAAGAGCGAAUCUCCAACCUGCGCCUGAGCCCCACCCCAGCUUCCUGCCACUACUUCUUUGAGAAGAUCCCCCCACCUGGGGAACGCACGGCCCCCCAGUACACAUUUGGCUAUCGGUGCCCGUACAGAGUGUCGGACCCCAAUCCGGCCCCCAACCGGUACCAGCUGCCGCGAUCCCUGGGGCCCCACACCCCCGUCUACCGAGCUGCCCCCUGCUACAGCCUGGCCUCCACGGCCAAGAACUGGUUCUACCAGGAGAACGUGGCGGGAGGCCCCGGGCCCGCAGCGCACGCCCGGCCUGAGCCGUCCGUCUACCAGAACCGCAGCCCCAUCUACAGCCUGGCCAAGCGCUUUGCCUACCCGCUGGACCACACGCUCCGGCCGGGCCCCGGCACCCACGAGGUCCGGCAGGUCACUGUGCACAAGCCCCGUGCGCCCGCUUUCACCAUGGGCACCAAGCACUCGCCCCACCUGUGUCCGCUGGUCAUUGACAUUCGUGACUGA